CCUGUAGGUCACGUCCCACCUUUGGAUUGGACAAGACGGCCUGACGCUUCCGUCUCCGAUCCCCUCAUAUUUGGAGGCGGGCAAUCCCCUGCAGAGCUGAGCAGAACCCUCCUGACCCUGAGAGGAGCUAGACCGGUCUGACCACAGGGAGAAUUUACUCACAGAUCCUGCAGAGAUGAAGCCGUUCCUCCAGAGCCUCCUGCUCUGUUCUUUGCUGCUGUUCUCUGAUGUCGCCCAGGCCACGUAUCACCUCGGAGCCGUAGAUCCUCACCUGACCGCUGCACAGAGUCACGCUCAGACCAGACUCAAUGGUCGACCGCCUUUCAGGAGCCUGAAUCCAGCAAAUCACAGAAGUGAUUACACGUAUAGAGGAGGGUAUCAGUACCACUACCAGCCACCAAGGAUCCCCCCGCCGGUAGUGUAUCGACCUCUAUCUCCACCAGUGACUUACCACAGACCCGCGGUCCCCAUGCCACCUUAUCACCACCGGUUCAGUGGACCAGUGGCACCACAUUCGCAUCACAUAUACAAAGGUGUAUUUCCACCAGUUGCACCGCUCCAUCCUCAUCAUAGGGUCAAAGGUCCAUUUCAUUACAAACUGAAGGGUCAGUGCUCGACGAAUUCAAACCCAACACCAGCUCCAGUUCUAGUCCCCCCUACCGUCUUUCCAACCCUGCCAAAGCCAACUCUACCAGCAACAGCGAUGGUGCUGCUGACGACACCUGCUCCCAGGACGCUACCACCGGUCAGUACCCAAAGCGGCUUCAUCACCACCAUCAGUGCUAUGGAGACAGAGACAGACUCUCAGUGCAGGACCCGUCACCUGGACCUGGUCUUCAUCAUCGACAGCUCUCGCAGCGUGCGUCCUGCUGAGUUUGAGAAGGUCAAAAUAUUCCUCGCCGACAUGGUCGACACCCUGGAUGUGGGCUUGGAGGCCACCCGGGUGGCCGUGGUCAACUACGCCAGCACGGUCAAGAUAGAGUUCCUGCUCAAAGACCAUUUCAACAAGCUGGAUUUGAAGAAAGCCAUCUUACGGAUCGAGCCCUUGGCAGCUGGCACCAUGACCGGCAUAGCCAUCAAAACGGCAAUGAAUGAAGCCUUCACCGAGCAGUCUGGAGCUCGGCCUCGCUCCAGGAAGAUCUCCAAGGUAGCCAUCAUUGUGACAGAUGGAAGACCUCAAGACCAGGUAGAAGAAGUGUCUGCUGAAGCCCGGGCCUCUGGGAUUGAGAUCUACGCUGUGGGAGUGGACCGUGCAGACAUGCAGUCCCUGCGACUCAUGGCCAGCAUCCCUCUGGAAGACCACGUUUUCUACGUGGAGACUUACGGCGUUAUUGAGAAGCUCACCUCCAAGUUCAGAGAAACUCUGUGCGGUGUGGACCCCUGCGCCAUGGGACAUGACUGCGAGCACAUUUGUGUCAACAGCAACGCCUCCUUUUACUGCAAGUGCCGGAACGGUUAUAUCUUGAAUGCGGACAAGAAAACGUGUUCCCCGAAACAGGUGAAGGUGGAGGUUAUGGAGGAUCCCUGUAAAUGCGAGGCCCGGCUGGUGUUCCAGAAAAAGACCCAGGCAGCCAUCCAGCAGCUCACGGCCAAACAUAUCCUUCCAGUUGUUUCAGAUGAGAGACGCUCUGGUAUGAACUCUGCUGCUAGUUUCCCAGCAGCUGUGGUUUUAUGACCUUUUCACCUUCUUCGAGGCCGUUUCUUUGACUGAUCAAACUAGCCGACGUGUCAGUGAGAGUGGAGCGACUGGAGAGCGUGUUGGGCCGUGCCUAAAGCUUUAGAGAAACAGCAGCCUUCCACAUCUGCCUCUCACCCACGACUACUGUUCAGAUUUCUUCCAGGCGGAGCCGAGCUGCAAUACGCAAUCAAACUUUAAUAAAAGUUUUACGUUAAAUGCUUAAUUUUGGCUUUUGGACGUAUCAUUACUGAUUUAACACUAAACCUAUGAAAAAUUGUGCGAUUUAACCAAAGAUUUGGUUAUUUUUGCAUGUUUUUGUUUUUAAAAAAAUAUUUAUAUAGUAGAUCUAGUUCUAUGGUAUUCAUUUAAUGUUUUUACUUGUGGUAUAUUAUUUUUUUAUGAUUAUAAAUACUUGCAUUCUAGGUCAAAGGUUAAAAAUGUUAAUAUCCUAAACUUUUGUGUUUGAAAUGUUAAAAAUGUGUAAAUGUGGCAAAAUAUAAGAUUAAAAUUUUGCGACAGAA